UUCUGGUCUAGUUUGAGACCAAAUCGAACCAGAAAAUUUUGAGAAGAAUGUCGUCUCUACCGCUCCAACCUCUAUACUAUCCAUAUGACAAUGUCCCAAUUCUUCCGAGUGACAACAAUUACACUGUCCCAUCUCUAUCAACGGCGUCGCCGCCGUCAGGGUGGUCGCUUUCUAACAUCGGGUCGUUCCGGAAGGCGUAUUUGGUGGUGGGGGUGAUCUUGGUUUUGAGCUUUUUGUCCUGCAUUGCCAAUAGGAUGUGCACCAAAAGAAGCAUCACUCCUGUUAGUAAUGAAGGAAUGAAUAACUUGGAGUUGGGGAAAGAUGAAGCGGUCAACCAUCAACCUACCUUCAUGCAUGCAGUCUAAUAAUUAAUAAUGUUAUGGCAGGGUUGACGAGGAGCUCGUUUAUUUGAUUCAUCUUAUUUAAUUUCUUAGAAUUAUUUAAAAUUUAGUGGCAUUGUUUAAGUAAUAUUGGCAUUACUAUAAUUUCUAUGUGAUAGUCAACAAAGACAAGACCAUUUGAGUAUAAAUGUUUGUCCUUCAAUUCAUCGGCUAAAUUUAAAUAAAAAAG